AUGGCACAAAAUCAGGCACAACAGAAUGUGAUGAGAAGGAAACUUGUCAUAAUAGGCGACGGUGCCUGCGGCAAGACAUCUCUUCUAUCGGUCUUCACCCUGGGCUAUUUCCCGACCCAUUAUGUCCCGACGGUGUUUGAGAAUUACGUGACGGAUUGUCGAGUUGAUGGCCGAUCAGUACAGCUAGCCUUGUGGGAUACAGCGGGACAAGAAGACUACGAGAGAUUGAGACCACUCGCGUAUGCAAAAUCGCACGUUAUCCUCAUUGGUUUCAGCGUAGACAGCCCCGACAGUCUGGAAAACGUACGGCACAAAUGGAUCGAGGAAGCGCGAGAACGAUGUCCGGAUGUGCCAAUCAUUCUCGUUGGAUUGAAAAAAGAUCUUCGAGAUGACCCUCUGGCAAUUGAGGAGAUGAGGAAGAAGAGCCUGAAAUUCGUCACACCGCGAGAAGGCGCAGAAAUGGCACAGGCCUGCGGAGCCCGGAAAUAUCUUGAAUGUUCUAGCCUGACUGGCGAGGGAGUGGAUGACGUUUUUGAAGCUGCAACAAGGGCAGCGCUUCUGACGUUUAACGGUAAACAAGGUGGAGGUGGAUGCUGCGUUAUCCUGUGA